AGUAGACCAAACCAACUUCCUUCGAUUUUUUUUCUUUUUAAAGCUGUUUGCAGAAAACUGGGUGGUAGCAUGUCUGAACCAAAUGGAAGAAGAGCCAGCGGAGCGUGCACUGUUCCAGCUCGGGCCACAUGGCCAACUGUCGAGAGCAGCCCUGCCCAGACUGCAGUGGGGGCUGUGCCAGCAGCUCCGCAGGGCCCUUCCAACUCUGGAGUGUCUGUAGUUCUUGUGAAACCAAAACGUUGACUACCUGCCUCUUUCCUCGGGCAUCGACGUGCUCAUUUCCAAAGAUGAUGGUGCAGGUGACCUUUUCCAUCGUGAGCCAGGAGAAGGUUAGGAGGCCUGAGGGGCAGGCGUUGCGUCCCCUCCUCCCCCUCCAUAGCCCCCAAGGUGGAGCUUCCCUCACAGACCCCAUCUGGUCGAGCCUACGGCUGCCCAGUGUACACUCAGUGAUGCUUAUACCAAAUAGGGCAUGUGUGCUGGUGUCUGUUGGGGACAGCCCCAUCCCUACCUUGGAGAAUUGCAGAGAAGCAGCAAUAAGCAUUAGGCGAAUGAUUGAAAGGACUGCUGGGCCGAGAGGCCUUCAGUCCCCUUACGUGGCUUUCCAAGUUCCUGAUGAGGCUACAAAGGCUCCACUCAUAAAAGAAAGCCAAUAGUGUAAAUAAGAACGAAGCCUCCACGCGUGAUUUUUAAGGGGGAUGAUGAAUGUGAAACCACCCACAGAAUGCGUUAGAGUCUGGUUUUUCUGUGCUUUGUCAUUUUACUCUGAUAGGAACUUUUGUUACCUAACUCUGUGCAUAACUUAUUUAAUGUACUGUAUAAAUGAACCAAAACUGUUAAAUAUGUAUUUAGUUUGUUCUACUUAAAGUAGUCAAUAAAAAGGCUAUAUUCCUU